AUGAUUGAGGAGAACAAGACUGCAAGAACAAGAAAAAAGGAGAUGAAAGGAUUGAGAGGUGAAGAAGAGGGUGAAGAGGUCAAUCAAGAGAUUGAGGAGAGUGAGCAUGAGAGCAAUGAGAAUGUGCCCAUGGAAGAGGAGGAGUCAGAGGAAGAAGAGGAUGAGCUCCCCAUGUACCAAGAGCACUACAAUGCUCUCUUCUCCAUGGACUUUGUGGAGACCAAGUACCCACAUGAUGACACCAUGAAGGCCUUGGAUCUUUGA